GACUUUUUCACUUCUUCCGAUUGCCUUCUUUUGCUUCUAUUUCUUGUUCAUUCUUAUCGUAGCAACCCCAUCAUGCCCCCCAUGAGCAUGGACUUGCAGUGCAGCCACUGUACCGCCUUGUUAGAAGAUGAGACGACCCGAGAGAUUCUGGACGAGUUGGACCGUGAGCGAACGAGGCGUGCCGAAUUGGAAGCUCAAGUGCGAGAGCUCUUGGAAAAGGACCAAAAGCGUCAAGAAGAAACGAGUCGUGAGGAAGGCGAGACGAUGUCCAUCUCUCGCAAACACUACAUGGCAUUACAGACAGAAUUGAAGGGAUAUCGCGAUUUGAUUGAUGCCAUGACAAAGGAACGACCCGCCAUUGCGGCGGCUCUCCAAGCGAGUACGCGACAACGGUUUUUCCCCAGCAGAGUCGAAUUGCACUCGGUCAAACCGAGUCCUUCCUUGCCACUCCAUGUGGUGCGAUUGAUGGAAAUCAUGCCAUGGGAUCCUCGUGCCGAAGAAUAUGCGUUUGCCAAGGAAGAGUUGUACGAAUGGCAGUUUUACAAUAAGAGAAAAAAGACAUGGAAAACCGAACUCCGAACCAGCCCCAAAAUGUUUCGCGAAUUGCCGACGGAAGAACCCAAGCCGGAAGCUGGAAUCAACGGAGGAUCCAAUGGCAACAACAACAACAAUCAUCGACCAUUCUUGGCAUUUUUCAAUCAAGAUUCGGCUCCACCCACGUCUUGUGUCUUGACCAAUCACCGCAUGACCAAACUCUACAAUUUACAAAAGGGAUUCCCAUUGCCAGAAAAUGGAGGAACCUGGCAAUGGGUCGGCGGAUGGAGAGUGGAGAAACGCAUCUCUUUGAAUGAAGACUUGUCCGGGUCAUCAUCGGGAGUAUCCUCUUCACAAGCAACGAAAAAGAAACAUAAACGAGCCGUGGUGGAUUGUGAUGACGAAGGAUGGUCGUAUGCCAAGGCAGCUCGCCACUUUGUUCAUGCAGACUCGAAGGACCAGUGCUGGGAUCAUGCCGACGACAAUGACGAUGGAAAAGUCACACGAAUGGUACGACGUCGCAAGUGGACGCGGCAACGAGCCCUGAUAGACUAUCCACACGCCUCCGAGGCAACCAGGUCUUUUUUGAGUUUAAUGGCACAGCGCAUGUACGCCAACAUGGCCGCCAACAAGCUCAGCUCACAACUGGUCGACACCAAAGUAGCCUUGACCAUGGUAGAGUCGCUAUUGGUACAAUGCAAAGAUGAUACGGAGCGACAAAUCCAUGUCUUGUCGAAAUUGCUGCAGACCAAGUCCAAAGCAAAAGUCAACAGUGCGGCCGAUGCCAAGGCUAUUGUGGUGGCGGCCAGUGAGGCGGCCAAGCAAAUGAAAGAGACUAUUGAACAAGCCUUGGAACGCACGGCUCGGGACAAGAACAAUGGUAUAUCCUCGAGUUGAGAUCGUAGCAGACGAGACGACAAAGCAAGAAUUUGGAGUUCUUCCGACCAGAUAGAAAUUGGAAUUAGGAGCCGACACAUGAUUCAUAGGAACCAUCAAUCAAUGCGAUGAUGAAAACCUCAACAACUACUAUUGACCUACAAAGUAUGGGAAUCAUUGUUGAAGCUGGUAGACACAAAUAUUUGGUAGGUUGUAAGG